AUGGCCACCACGUCGUUCCUUGUCCGCGUUACAAGCCCGGCCACCGUUGCCGCGGCGCAGAUUUCCUCCGCAGUUUCCGCGUCGUCAACCCCCCGCGCAACGGCUCUCCGCUCGUGCGCAGCUGUUGGCGCAUCCCCCUCCCGCCGCAGUGACCGCUUGCAGCAGCGGUUUCAAACCGCAGCGGCAGCGGAAGAGGCCGCUGCUGACGUGGCAGCUGAGGCUGAGGUGGCGGUGACGGAGGAGGAGGUGGAGUAUGUGGGCAACGACGAGCUUGUGAUGUACUUCAAGGCGGAGGGUUCUCUUCCCGAGCCGUCUGUCGCGAAGGUCACCAAGGCUCUUGAGGCUGUGGAGGGAGUGCACAACGUGAAGGUGACCGUGCUCGAGGGCUGCGCCACUGUGGAGCUCACCAAGCUAACCACAGUGCAGGAGACAGGUGUCGCAUCAGGACUGGUUGAGGUGGUCCAAGGUGCGGGCUUCAGCAUGCAGACAUUGAGUCUGGCGUUUGACGAGGACGUCGAGUCAGAAACUGAGUUCUUCAAUUCCUUCCGGUCCAAUGCGCCCGAGACCACCCCCUUGCCUGAGCCUGUUGCUGCUGAGUAG